AUGACACAAAGCGUAAUGGCAAUGACUACAAUGCGUUGUUGCAAUAACAACGAUGAGUUAUUUAUUUUCUACCAAUUAAUUAACAUUUUCUACUUUUCUUUACAGAGGAGCGCAUUUAUUUUGUUGACGCUAUGCGUCAUUGGUAUUUAUGCCGAUACUAAUGAUGAAUUCCUUGUGAGAAAAAUUCGUGAAUCCUUUGAAGGUUACAGCUAUCCUCCACCUGAACAGCCAUUCACUUAUCCUCCACCCGUAGUUAGCACUCGUGCUCCAGUUACUACACCCAAGCCAACAACCCGUGUGCCAGCAACUUACUUGCCACCCACCAACAAACCACAAACACCAGCUACAACCCGUGCUACACCUAAGCCAACAACACGUGCUCCUGUGACUACACCCAAGCCCACUACCCGUGUGCCAGCUACUUAUUUGCCUCCCACAAAUAAGCCACAAACUCCAGCUACUACACGCGCUACACCAAAGCCCACUACACGUGCUCCUGUCACUACUCCUAAGCCAACAACUCGUGUGCCUGCAACUUACUUGCCACCCACC